CCUAGAUCGACUAUGAUAUUGCAAACUUGCGGGAUUUGUUGGUUGUGCCAGAAUGGAAGCUGACUUCUCGCCACGUUCAAUGCUUCCGCUUCACCAUGAGCCAUACGGCCCGAUCCGACCAGAGUGUCUUCGCGGAGCCAAUACUGGCAAGAUAGCUGUGGUCACUGGGGCCGCAAGGGGGAUCGGUCGGGCUAUUGCUAUUGCGCUGGCAGUGUCCGGGGCGAAGCUUGCCCUUCUCGAUUUGAGCCUAGAAUCCCAGGAACCAAGCAAAACCGCUGUCAGAGACGUCAGUGAUGUGCAGGUUGAGACAUUUCAAUGCGAUGUAACCGACGAGGUGGCCGUGAAAGAUACAUUCAAAGCGAUCGAGAGUACCCUAGGGCCGGUGGACAUUCUGGUUAAUAAUGCCGGAAUAGCACGAGGGGAAUAUGCAGUCACUGAAAGCUUCACGAAUUUCUGGAAGGUCAUUGAGGUUAACUUCAAAGGCACAAUGGUGUGUACAUAUGAGGUUCUUCCAGGUAUGGCGGAGCGGAAAUCAGGGUGCAUCAUCAACAUAGCCUCGCGCGCUGCAGGAGUCGAUAUGCCCAAGUGUACUAGCUACGGCGCGAGCAAGGCUGCUGUUGCUCAUGCGACGGCGAGUCUUCAGGAGGAAUUUGAGCAGCUCGGCCUUGGAGAGCAUUUGCAUGCCUACUCCUUUCACCCUGGAGGGGUUUGGGGAGAAAUGAUCCAGAGUUUCACAACACCUGCGGAACAGGAGGAAUUAAGGCCGAUAUUCAACGAGGUUCCAGAGCUGCCGGCGUAUACUGUCGCGUACCUCGCAGCUGGACGUGCAAAGGAGAUACGUGGAAUGUAUUUUGACUGUCGCCACGACAUCGAGCGAGUCUGCAGAUUUGGGAGAGAAAAUCUAAAGGCAGACGGACUGAAUAAUCUGAGGAUGAGGUUUGUGCCGGGAUAUGAUAAUGUGCCAUAA